AUGUUUAAGGCUAUAGGUUCAAAUCCAUCUUUAAGAUGGUCUGUAUUAAGAAAAUCAACUACAAUCUCCAGAAGGCUAUAUCAUCCAAAAGUUUUAGAUCAUUAUACAAACCCUCGUAACGUCGGAACACUUGACCAAAAUUUGUCUAAUGUGGGUACCGGGUUAGUGGGUGCACCCGCAUGUGGUGAUGUUAUGAGGUUACAAAUAAAGGUUGAUGAUAAAACUGGGGUUAUUGAAGAUGUGAAAUUUAAGACGUUUGGUUGUGGUUCCGCUAUUGCUUCUUCUUCCUAUAUGACGGAGUUGGUCCGUGGUAAGACUUUGGAAGACGCGGCUACUAUUUCUAAUACUGAUAUUGCUAGAGAACUUUCACUUCCGCCUGUUAAACUACACUGUAGUAUGUUGGCAGAAGACGCUAUACAUGCUGCUAUUAAGGAUUACAAUUCUAAGAGACAGAAGGCAACUAAGCUUAAGUAG